AUGCUAGACAUUUUUGCUGCAUUAGGAUACCCGGAGGAACGGCAGAUAGUUUUCGCCGUUUUUCAAUUUGAGGGAGCGGCUCGUGCCUGGUGGAAUGUAAUUCGAGCCAAGUGGGAUAGAGAGCAGACCCCAUGGACAUGGGUUAAUUUCACCCGUGAGUUUAAUGAGAAGUACUUACCGCCACUUAUUCAAGAAAGGCGAGAGGAUGAGUUCAUACGCCUACGUCAAGGGACUAUGAGUGUGGCGGAGUACGAGACGCAAUUUACCAAACUCUCUCGUUUCGCUCCAGAGUUAGUGCUGACAGACCAAAGGAGAAUUCGUCGGUUUGUCCAGGGUUUGAACGUGGAAAUUCAAGAGGCACUGGCAGCUGCUCAAUUAGAGACUUAUAGUCAAGCGAUUGAAAAGGCACAAAGAAUUGAAAGUUCUAAGAGUCAAGUAAAGGCCUUUCAUGAUAAGAAAAGAAGGCACCCAGAUACAAGUAGUUAUCUUGAGGGACAGAGCUCGGGGAGCGAGCCACCACCUAAGAAGAGUCGAGGAAUAGGUGGACCACGAUCCACUGGGAUGCCAAAUCAAGGAAAUGUUGAGAAAAAUCAGGUAGGGAGAGAGACCCAAAGGGGUGCCUCACGAGGAGGUCCGACCUCAGGACCUAGAAUGGCAUACGGAUUUUGUGGGGCUGCUAAUCACAUAGAAGAUAAUUGUUGGAAGAAAGGACAAGUACGGAAAUGCUACCGAUGUGGUAGUGCUGAGCAUCUGAUUGCUCAGUACGCUCACCUGCCAAAAGAAGGAAAUUUGCCAAGGGCAAAAGGGAACACGUCUAAGCCGACCAAUGCAACGGGUAAUCGACCGAAAGUGCCGGCAAGGACCUAUGCAAUAGGAAGCCAAGAGGUGACAGACCCAUUGCCAAUCACCGAAGGUACCUUCCCUAUUUUCCAUCGUAUUGAGGUUUCCUUCUACUCAUUUAACAAAAUAUUUAAAGACCAUUGA